AAUUGGUUUUUUAAAAAAAAAACACAUUGAUAAUUUUCUCCAUAAUUCAUCAGAUAAACUACAAGGAGAAAAACAUAAAAAGAUGAUGAUCAACUUUUCACAUGAUUUGAUUGAAUUAUUCUAGAUCAGACUUAAAUCAAGCAAAUAAUUCUACAUUUUAUCUUAAGUCUCAUACGAAAGAAAAUCAUUCCAUUUGAGACCAUAUCUAUCUUGUAAUUCAAGAACAUAUAUUCAAUUAAUUAAUCAUGAGUUAUUAUGAUCAACCUCCUCCCGUUGGUGUACCUCCCCCUCAAGGAUAUCCACCAAAAGAUGCAUCAUAUGGGUACCCUCCUCAAGGGUACCCUCCGCAAGGUUAUCCUCCUCAAGGUUAUCCUCAACAGGGUUAUCCUCAGCAAGCCCAACAAGGUUAUCCUCAGCAAGGUUAUCCUCCUCCGCCAUAUGGUGCCCCUCAAUACGCCGCUCCACCUCCUCAGAAGAACUCAUCUGCAACGAGCGGCAUCCUGAAUGGCUGUUUGGCUGCGGUUUGUUGUUGCUGUCUUUUAGAUGCAUGCUUUUGAUGAUAAGCUAAAAUCGCUCCGAAGGAAAAAUGACAUUCACUAAUGAUCUUUUGCAAAUCAAGGAUCUAGCUUUUCUUCUCUUUUUUAUGUCAUGACCUUUAUAAACAUUAUGACUCUUCAUUUGAGAAUACAUGAUUUUCAUUUGGCAUAAUAAUUUGAGGUAUUCAAGUGUACUGAUUCACAAAUUAAAGGUUUAUGUAUAUUUUGAGAGAUCCUAGUAUCUUUAUGGACAACUAGUAUACGAGUUUGUUUUA